AGUAUACUUUUUCGUGAACGUUUGGACACGAGAAGAAAGAGUCGGUUGGAGAUAGAGGUCAAUAGUUUUAAACCUGUUGCUGAGGCUAAACUCCAUUUAAGUCAAAAUGGUACCGCUUAUUGUAAUCCUUUUAGCGUUGUUCGCUUUCUUUUUCUAUAAACAAUUCUGUAAGCCGCUCAAGCACUGGACGAAUCCAGAAGUUCCACAUGACUCACCCUUACCAGUGGUAGGCAAUAUUCUCCGGACGGUGCUACGAGUGAAAUCCUUCAAUGACAUCCUUAAAGAGUUGUACAGGAAAUAUUCCCAUAACAGAUACUUCGGAUUUUACAUGUUCAGCUGUCCGAGUUUGGUAAUAUGUGACCCAGACCUAGUGAAACAAAUCUGCAUCAAGGACUUCAGUUACUUCAGUGACCACAGGCCAUUUUUGCAAAAGAGCUCGGAUCCUACCGUCAGCAAACUGCUUUUCGCGAGAAACGGUCGCGACUGGCACGAUCACCGAAGAACGCUAGGCUCUGCUUACACGCAAAGUAAAAUGAAGCAGAUGUUUCCCAUGCUGAACGAGUGCAUCAGGCGACUCAUUCACAAUCUUCCCAGAACCAAGGAAACGAUCUCGGUCAAUUUGCACACUUUGAUCAUGAAAUUCACCAACGAUCUUGCGCUCAACAGUUCAUUCGGAAUUGAGUGCGACUCAUUCAACGACUCAGAAAAUGAGUAUCUCAGAAUUGCCCAAAAAACUUUUGUUCAGUCAAAGUUGAAGGUGUUCGGGUUUCGCUUGGCCGCUCUCAGCUCCAAAAUUGCACAGGUCAUCAAAAUCAAACUGUUUAACGAAGAAGGUGAGGCGUUUUACCGAAAGAUUGUCAACGAAACGCUCACCUAUCGAAGGGCGAACAACAUCACCCGCAUCGAUAUGCUGCACCUACUAAACGAAGCCCAAAAGGGACGACUUCAGUACGACAAGGACGAUCAGGAGGACAAACAAGACGUAGGGGAGCUGGUAACCGGACAAGGUUACGGCGAAAUUUCAGAUGACGACGUCGCGAUGGAGUUAAUGGGAUUGUUCCUCGCCAACUUCGACAUGUACGGACUUCUCGUCUGCAACUCGCUCUACGAGAUUGCCCUCCACCAGGACGUUCAGGAGAAACUGUUCAGGGAAAUCGACGAAAUGUGGCAGAGCUGUGAUGGAAACUUGACUUACGAAGAUUUCAAGAAGAUGAAAUACUUGGAUAUGGUUUACAAUGAGUGUCUCCGUUUCCGUAGUCCGCUAAUGGCCUUAGAUCGUUGCGUAACAAAACCAUACACGAUCCCUCCCGUGCUGCCCCACGAAAAACCGCUACAUUUGAAGCCCGGCCAAGACAUUACGAUUCCAAUCUACUGCUUCUCGCGCGAUGAGAAGUUCUACGAGAAUCCAAACAAGUUCGAUCCGGAACGGUUUAGCGCCGAACAUAAAAGCUCGAUUGAUCCGCACACGUUCAUACCUUUCGGGUGUGGACCAAGAAUGUGCGUAGCUUAUCGUUUGGUGGCACUACAGACCAAAUUCAUUAUGUUUCACUUGCUGUUACGGUUUAGGCUCGUGCCUACGGAGAAGACCAUCAUUCCGUUUCCGGAAGGAAAAAAGCACAAUAUUCUCAGCAGCGAACAGGGAUAUUGGGUGGGUUUGAAAUCCAGAGAUUAACCGUAGUGUACCCAACCCCCUAACUCACACUUCUUUCUUUAAUUUUGAAUGGAAACCACUGACAUGGCUACCUUUUGUUAAUUUGUUAAUACUAACCAAUUUGAAAAUCGCUACUGUAGAGAUAUGUCAUCGUCUCCGAAUCUCUCCCUCUAGGAAACAUUUUUUCAGACGUUCAAGCACGAAAUUAACUGCUGUUUCAUUGUUGCACUUUUUACAGUAUUUACACGUUGUUUUGUGUUCUUUUUUAUAAUAGUAAUAAAAGCUUCGUUAUUACC